UUUAAUUCACGUGCACUUUCAGAUUUGUGUAGUUGUUAUUUAAUCUUAUCGGGCCUACUUUUUAGGAGAUGGACGUAGAACGUGUCCUGGUGUCUCUCAGUGCUGAGACCUGUGCCUUCCCACCAACAGAGGAGCUGGUGGAGUCCUCACAAUGGUUUGCCACUCCAAAAGAAAAAUACACAUCGUCUGAGAGACAAACAGAUCUGCUGAGCACUUCCCCACUGCCCCUGACAGCCUCUCCCCGUGCUGCCCGCAGAGGACCCGUUAAGACUGGUGGAAGUAUCUUUGUACUGGACCAUGGCUGGUGGACGCAACCCAUGAGAGAUGCCAUUGAUGGACUCCUAGCAAAGCACCGUGGGAAGAAAGACAUGCUGAAGCAGGUGGAUGCUGACUAUGCUGCCCUUGUGCACAGAUCUUGCAAAGACCCCAAUAGUCUCCUUCAUCCAACCAUAAGGCAGCAUAUCUCUCGGUAUGUGAAACACCUUGCCAAGCUAAUAAACACCAGCUCCUCUUUGAACACCAGCCCAGAGAAGCUGUUGGAGACUCAGCAGCUUUGGCAGCAUCUGACAGAAGGCAGUGAGACAGUCAGCGUACCAGUCACAGUCUUGACACCUGCUCCUGUAAAUCCACCAGUGGUGAGUCCUUCCCAGGAUGCUCCUCUGACCCAGGCUACACUUGCGACGAUGGUGAAGGAGAUUGUGGAGAGGCAGCUAGCAGCUCAGCAGUUGCAACAACAACAACAGCCAAAGAAAACCAAGAAAACCAGGACUUGUCUCAGUUGUGUGCAGCCAAAGUCUCGUUACCUUGGCGACGGCUCCUCUGUCCAUUUUUUUUUUAUCAGUCAGCAGAGGUGAAGUACUUUUACUGCUCCAAAAAAGUCUUCAUGAUUUACGCAGCUGAAGGACUCACCAAUCCCAGAAUGUGCUUUGAGGAUUUGCAUCAACUGCCUUCUUCCAACGGGAGCUCGAAGCCUCAAAACAGACAGGGGCAGAACAAAAGAGGGAACAGAAGAGAGGAAAAAGAGGAAAUCUGUAGAGCUUCAUCCUCCUGGUCGCCUGUGCAGGUCCUGUCAUCUGCCUCUCAAACAAGGCCCCAAAAGCCCUCACAUCCAUGCCUAUUUCCCUGGAGUCCCAGGAAAGUACAUUUACUGUCCCACCAAGGUUUUGUCCAUGUACCAGUCCCAGGGCAUGAUGGGAGAGAUGACUUGGACUGAGUUCCAGAAGUCUGCAUUUUAUGAGACUGAAAAGCAGAGAUGGAUGGUGGAGAAACGGGUGUAGAACAGACACUCACUCAUUCAUUCACACACUCACUCACUCACUCACAAAGUUAGACAAAACUGAUGUUUUCAGUGACACUCACACUCAUACUGUCAGUUGGCAGUCAAAUGUUCUGUUGUCUAUUUAUAUUAUUUAGGUCUUUGAAUAUAUUCAAGUAUAUAUUUGAUAGUACUUUAAUGUUUUUUUUUUUG